AUGAUAACGCUUAAACGUAUUGAGAAUACAUUUGAGAGAUUUGGUUAUUUAAAAAAUUAAGGUUUAACAGGAAAUGAGAUCCAACAAAAGAUGGAUUUAAUGAUUGGAACUAAAGAUAUGGAUAGAGAUGUUCUUAAUGAGAUUUUAGCAUAAUGUCAUAAAACAAUGAAUUAAAAUUAUGAUCCAAUUUAUCGAAUGCAAGAUUUAGCAUAAACUAUUCAUAGUGCAAUAAUAAUAUUGAAUAGCAAAUUAGAAAAAAUAAAGUUAGAAAUAAACUAAUUUCGAGAAAAAUAGAAAAAACAUUAAUCAUAAAUGUCAUCAGCUUGUAAGAAUAUUUCUUAAUAAAAAAGCAAACAGUAGUGAAUUUAAACAUAUUUAUAUUAUGAUUCAUAGUGCAAAAAAUAUAUCAAAAAAGAUUUAGUAUUCUGAUUGUCAUCUCUAAGUGUCAUUAGGUUCUUAAUCAUAAAGAUUGAAACCUAUUGAACAUUUUGAUAAGACAAAUCCUGAUUUUAAUAGAGAAAUUGAAUUGUAAUAUCUUAUUUAGAUUAUUAAAUUAGUUCUAUUCCAAAUAAUAUCUACAUUUUAACAAUAUAGUUAUAUACAAAAUAGAAUGAUUCUCCAUUACCUACUUUAUUAGGAUAAGCAUAAAUAUCAAUAAGUUCAUUAGAAGAAUAGCUGAAAUCCUUAAAGUUGUAAUUAAAAGAUCCAUUAGGAAAAGAAGUAGGAUGUUUCAUAGAUAUGCAAGUUCAACUUAUUUUUAAUAGAGUACUAUAUAUAUAUUCUAAGAUUAGUAUGAAUAUCUUUAAAGCUAAGUUGGAUAAACAGGGGAUCGAAUUGAUUAACUUACUGAAUUAAAUAAAUAAGUUACUUAUUAAUAUGACUUAUUAACAAGGCCUUUUCGUAGUAGAGAAGAGGAAAAUAAUGUAAAAAAUUAGAAUGGUUAAACACCACCUUUAUAAUAAGAAACUAGUUUGAUUUAAGAAAAUAAACCAUAAGAAGUUGCUGCAGAUCCUCUCUAAACAUCAAAAAUAGAUAUAAAUUAAACAGAUCCUAACUCUUAACCAGAAGAAGAAUAUCCAUAAGCACCCUAUGAUUUAGAUUUAGGAAUGACAAUCUUUUCAUUUUAUGGUUUAAUAACUUUGUUUGUAUGUUCAGCUAAACCAUCUUUUUUAGAUGUUUUGGUUUGUCAUGGAUUAAUGUUCACUGUUUUUCUGGAUAGAUUUGAACCUGAACAUGUAAAACUAGUAGGCUUAGGAUUAAUUGCUUCAAUUAUUUAUGAUAUUCUUUGGUUAUCAUAAUAUCAUUUAUGGUGGGAUAGCACUGAUUACAAUAAUCCUGAAUGGGGACAAAAAGCUGCAUUAUUCUUAAAAAUUGUAUUAGUUCUCACAUAUAUCUAAUUCUUUUAUAAAGUAAUUAUUAAAAUUAUCAUAGUUUCUUGUGUUUUAUUACUUAUAUUAAUUUUACAAAGAAUCACUUGAUCCAGUCAAAUCUUACAUUUUUUAAAUUUGGAAUAUCUAAUAUAAAGUAGGAAAAAAUAGACAAUAUGUUUUUUGGCAAUGA